AUGGCUAUCACAGUCACGAAAGAUAUGAAUCACGCUUUGGGUUGCACCGAGGCUCUUAACUUUACAACCUUUAGAAACAUCGUGGGUGGGAAGCUUGUUGACACGAAGGAGCAUCGACAUGGGAUAAACCCAGCAACUUUGACUCAACUUCCAGAUGUACCUAUUGCUACGCAACACGACCUUGACAAUGCUGUGGAAUGUGCUACGGCCGCUUUCAAGACAUGGUCCUGCACACCCUAUAUAGAACGCAGAGCAGCUCUACUAAGCUUUGCGGAUGCAUUUGAAGCGAAAUCUAAAGAAUUUGCUCAGCUGCUCACAGUUGAGCAAGGCAAACCGAUCUUCCAAGCCGAAACUGAAGUCACCACCUCUGUGCGCUGGAUUCGGUCAACAGCAGAAUUGGGUGAUGUUGGAAAAGACGAGGUUAUCGAAGAUAACUCGGAUAGGAAGGUUAUUCUUCGAUACACACCCCUUGGAGUGAUCGCUGCCAUUGUCCCUUGGAACUUUCCUAUCCUGCUCGAGGUCUCGAAACUGGCGCCGGCGCUUCUAACUGGGAACUGCAUGAUCAUCAAACCUUCGCCAUUUACUCCCUACAGCGGCUUGAAGAUUGCGGAGCUAGCACAGUCUUUCUUCCCUUCUGGUGUUGUUCAAGCGUUGAGUGGGGAUGAUAGUUUAGGACCUUGGUUAGUCGCGCACCCAGGCAUUCAAAAAAUAUCCUUUACCGGUUCCACAGCGACAGGGAGACUGGUGGCAGCUUCUGCAGCACAGACGCUCAAGCGUGUGACACUCGAGUUGGGCGGCAAUGAUCCUGCUAUCAUCUGUGAGAAUGUGGACAUCCAGACGACCGCAGCGAAGGUCGUCACAUUUGCAUUCCUAAAUGCGGGACAAAUUUGCAUGGCAAUCAAGCGCGUUUAUAUUCAUGAGAGUAUUUAUGACGAAUUCCUUCACGCCAUGAUUUCUCAUGUCAAGACACUUGCAGUUGGUAAUGGUAUGGAUGAGGAUGUGUUUUGUGGCCCAGUUCAAAAUAAGUUGCAGUAUGACCGUGUGCAAGCCUUCUUAAAUGAUGCCAAGAAAAGACAUCAAAAGAUCGCCGUUGGUGACCAAACCUGCAGCGGCCUUGGCUACUUCAUCAGCCCUACUAUUAUCGAUAAUCCGGGAGAUGACUCUAAGAUCGUGAUUGAAGAGCCCUUUGGUCCAAUCCUCCCUAUCCUGCCUUGGUCUUCCGAGAACGACGUCAUCUUCCGUGCUAAUGAUACGAACAUGGGUCUCGGCGCGUCUGUCUGGAGUCGUGACUUGGAGCAAGCCGAACGCCUGGCACGUCAAUUAGAUGUUGGUACCGUCUGGAUCAAUAAACACUUUGACCCUUUACCCAACGCGCCAUUUGGCGGUCACAAAGACUCCGGCAUUGGCGUCGAAUUUGGGGUUGCUGGAUUGCAAAGCAUGUGCAAUUUACAGACUGUGAUGUUCAACAAAGUAUAA